GGACUAGCGAUGUCCCUAGUAUUUUGAAACUUGAGUCAGUUGUAAAGUGAAGGAACGGACGGAAGAAAUAAGAGACGAGAUGAGGACAGUGGAUCCGGAGCUGUGGUGUCGCUCGCUGAAGAGGCCGUGCAUGCAGGAGGCGCGGCGCUCGCGCUUCGGGCAGCGCGUGCACGUUGGCAUCGAGGCUCGUCUGCGCCAGAGCUUGCGGGAUGCUGUCACCGAGUUCUGGACCAACUGCUCCCUCGCCGCCGCCAAGUAUUACAACAUCGACAAACACCAGACAUGGCCACACAUUCCGUACGUAUUCUUGCUGCUAUUCUCGAUGGCGGUGGGCUGGACGCUGUUGUCGGACAACCACGUGACGUACAACGACCGGCCGCCGCUGACGGUCAGCCGGCAGCCGGACGACACGUCCGUCGGCUCGCACAGCUUCCCCGCCGUGGCACUCUGCAGCAACAGCAUCAUCAGCAAGGCCGCGCUGCGCAACUACUCCGCCUACUUAUACACCCACCCUAAGAACAAUCAGUACGGCUACCGGCGGAGUGCGAUCGAGCACAACCUGCUGGACUGGGGCGCGCUGCAGACGCUGGUGCUGCCGCCGCUCGACGUCAACUUCGACAAGUUCAUCGCCGACGUCGAGCACCACCUCAACGUUACCGAUAUCAUGCUCCGGUUGUCUGGGAACUGCUCGGAGAUCCUGCAACGUUGCAGUUGGCGAGGCAAGUUGGCAGACUGCGGCAGUUUGUUCGCGACCAGGCUAACCGCAUUAGGAUUCUGCUGCGUCUUUAACUCUAGAUACCAACCCAUAGACGAGCACCGAGCACCCUUUAUGUUAGACCUGAUAGGCCAGGACUACGGCCUGGGCGUGGUCGUGAAGGAGACACGAGACGACUUCGCCUAUGUACGCCGACCCGCUUACGGCAUGGAGUUGCUGUUGUUCCAGGGAGACGAGUUCCCGCUGCUGGAGAGCGGCGACGUGCGGAUGUUUCCCGUGCCGCGCAACGCGUCGCUCUUCUUCAACAUCCGCACCUUCUCGCAGUUCCCCGCCGAGGAGAUCGCGUACUAUCCUGAUGAAAGACGCGGCUGCCGACUGGAGCGCGGCGGCAUGUCGUGGUGCCUGGCGCAGUGCCGGCGCGACACGGCGGCGGCGCUGUGCGGCUGCGUGCCCUUCACGCUGCAGCCGCAGGCGCAGCACCACGACGCGCCCACCUGCACCGUCAACGAGCUCAACUGUCUUAACAAACACAAGGAGAAGUUCAUGUACCUGUUCCCUGGCGAGGACGCGGGCCCGGAGCUGAGCCAGGAGCUGCAGGACGCCAUGGACUGCUCGCACUGCCGGGUGCAGUGCACGCGCCACCAGCACUCCGCCAGCAUCUCCUACUCCUUCUACACCGCCAAAGCGCGCAUCUUCCGCAAUUUCCUCACCGAGAACCUGCCCCUGGUGAACUCGACAACGAUCCGUCUGUUCUACAGCGUCGUGCACCAGCCCUGGUACAAGGUGGAGCCCCAGGCGCGCUGGUAUGAACUCUUCGUGAAACAAGGUACGCAGUGGGUGGUGGUGACGGGCGUGUCGCUGCUCACGUACUCCGAGCUGCUGUUCCACCUGACCAUCAGAUGGGUGCACCACUUCAGGCGCCGCACCAGGCUCGCCAACAACGCGCGACUACUGGCGCCAUCUAGGUAGACCUUGGUGAGACUACACAUGUGCAGCGCCAUCUAGUUUUAAGGCUGAGCUAUGGGAAAGAUUCUAAUAAAGAAAAGCUUAUUAGAUGGCGCUUCAGUCUAUUGAUACAAAAAUAGAGUUAUUAUAAUGAGAAUAAAAGUGUUUGGCUAGAACUUUAA